AUGGAGCUCAAUAUCAACCAGAACGUAUCCGACGCUUUUUAUCGGUACAAAAUGCCCCAACUCUCGGCUAAAGUUGAAGGAAAGGGGAAUGGUAUUAAAACGGUGAUAGUGAAUGUGACAGAUAUCGCCAAACGUCUAUAUCGGAAACCUAUUUAUGUCACCAAGUACUUUGGCUGCGAGCUGGGCGCCCAGAUUCAUGUCGAUGAUAAGAAUGACAGGUACAUAGUCAACGGUGCCCACGAUACAGCUCGGCUGCAAGAGUUGCUUUUCGGAUUCAUCAACAAGUUUGUACUGUGCUCAAAUUGUGGAAACCCGGAAACUACCCUCCAGGUGAAAGUCAAAGCUGGUGUUGUUAACACGAUUUGUACUGCCUGUGGGAAUCGGGGGCAACUUGAUCCUAGACAUCGUUUAACACAGUUUAUCAUCAAAAAUCCGCCCGGGGACGAGUCAGCAGCGACGGAGAAAAGAGGUAAAAAGGUAAAGAAGAUGAAGAAUGGUAAAGAUCAACAGCCUGAAGAUGACGAUCAAUCACCUGCUGGAGAUGAUGCUCGAAAUAGCCAGAGUCUGUCGGAAGAUGAGGAUGUAGACUGGGGUGAGGAUACAACUGAAGAGGCUCAAAAAAGACGUCUUGCUGAAUUGUCUGAUAUGGCGCGGAAUUUGACAGUAAAUGCCGACAUAGAGAAAACGGAGACUGAGAGAGCCAAUAUGUUCUUUAAGCUUAUUACUCAAUACAAACAAGCUGGCGAUGUUGUCUCACGUGGUCAGGAGCUGAGAAACGAGGCUCAACGGUUGAAUUUGGGGAAUAGGUCUGUAUUAAUCGUCGCCGAGGUUCUCCUGUCGGAUCCAAAAACAAUCGUGACCGAUAUUAAAUGCUACAAGCCAGUCUUUUUGCAGUUUACUCGUGUUGGUGAUCAGCAGCACAAGACACAGGGCUAUGUGCUGGGGGCCAUGGCAAGCCUAAUUGAAAAGCACUUGGAUGAGUUGCUCCCAAAGGCAUGUCACGUUCUCAAAGCACUCUAUGAUGAUGACAUCGUGGAAGAGGAAGUUAUUCUGUCAUGGUUCGAAAAGAAUUCGGCAAAGCGUUACGUUUCGAAAAAUUUAGCUGGGAAGAUCGCCGAUAAGUGCGCACCUAUGUUAACUUGGCUGAGGGAAGCUGAUACGGAAUCUGAUGAUGACGAUGGCGCUGAUGCAGAGCAGGGCUUCGACGGAAAUGAGGCUCCGGCGGAGUCUUCCAAUUCUGCUGAAAUCUCACCCAAUCCAAAGCAGCAGAAAGUCGAUGAAGUUGAUACGGAUAGUGGUGACGACUUGGAUAUAGAUGCCAUAUAG